UACAGAUAGCAGUAUUCUAGCGAGCGCGCAGGCUUUUUUUUGUUAGUAUUGGUCGUUUUGGGCUGCAUGGGCGAAAGGAUACUUUUCCGUAAUUCUGCGACACUUGUUGCGCAGGUUUUCUGCGGCCGAGGGAGGGUGUCUUGCGUGUUUUUUUCGUGUCCGAGGGGACGCGCGAUUUGUAGCAAGAGCGGUUCCGUGGAAUGUGAGCGUGGAUAAUAUGUAGCCUGUGUUUUGUUGCAUUUCCGGAAAUUAGCCUCUUUUCAACGGCAGCGUGGCCAGGAAGAAACUAGGGUCUCGGUUGAAACGUUCCGGCCUGAGAUGGAUGGCCUUUUCAAGCCCCCCCCUUCCCCCCCCCUUCUGACGAAGAGAUGUUUUGUUGUCGUUUCGUGCGCUAAAGGGUGGAAAGAUCUGCAUCCCCUGUAAAGAUGGCUGCUUCUUGUGAGCGCAGGGGAGAGGAACCGAACAGCAGCGACGAUUUAGUAGGAGGAAUAAAUGAUUUGCCAGCGGUAUGUGUGUCACAUCGUCGAACACGCGUUGCCUAGUUUGUGGCCUAUUAUUCUUGAGGGCGGUACAGGCCGGAACAAAACAUGGGACGGGACGGCGCGGUAUGUAGUAUGUGGAAUGUGGGACAUGCGGUAACCUCCCUUGUCGGACACUGGUUACCUCGUUUUUGGCCUGUUCUUCUUGAGGGUGGUACAUACCGGCCGGAACGGUAUGUGGCCGUGCGGUACAAAAAAAAACUCGUAUGUAAGCACGGGGUGAAAGAACGCCCACAUGCGUGCAAUAUGUAAGCCACGUUUUGUUCCCGGACGCAAAAAAGAAUUAAGUAGCAU